AUGGCUGAUUUCUUACCAAAGCUGUCAAGUCAUACAUUGCACCUGUUCCCUAUGCUAAAGAAAGAUUCCCCACCAUGGACUGACAAACAGAUGCUAGUUGUAAAAGCAAUAAAGCAAUUAGCUGAUGUGAUGCCCCCUUUAAAGAUUCCCACUACUACCGACAAGCGAAUCUUGCAGACUGAUGCAAGUGAUGAAUAUUGGGGAGCAGUCUUGCUUGCUCAAGAUAAGAAUAAUGUCAGGAUAGUGUGUGGAUACAAGAGUGGCGCGUUCAAAGACUCAGAGAAGCACUAUCAUUCAACUUUCAAAGAGAUUCUUGCGGUCAAAAGAUGA